CAGCCAGUGAGAAUCACCGCCACAUAAUACCAUUAAAUACUCGCAGCAAACAUAUAUAGUAACCCCCUGCCAGACGAAGUCCACCUGUUUCAGCGGAUUAGGCGAUAAGAGCAGCCAUAAACACAGAGAUCUGAUUACGUAAAUAGAAAACAAAGAGUAAACAUCAGGAAUAUGGAAGUACCACCACCACUUGUCCUCAAGCGACCGCUAUAUGUGCCCAGUAAGACGCUGAUGGGUCCAGGACCCUCAAACUGUUCCCAUCGCGUCCUGGAGGCCAUGAGUAAUCCGGUGCUGGGUCACAUGCAUCCCGAAUGCCUACAGAUUAUGGAUGAAGUAAAGGAAGGCAUCAAGUACAUCUUCCAGACCCUUAACGAUGCCACUAUGUGCAUCAGCGGUGCUGGUCACUCGGGAAUGGAGGCCUCUCUGUGCAAUCUGAUCGAGGAUGGGGAUGUGGUCCUCAUGGGCAUUACGGGUGUUUGGGGUCAUCGUGCUGGUGAUAUGGCCCGUCGUUAUGGUGCCGAAGUUCAUUAUGUGGAGGCGAGCUUCGGAAGAGCUCUUACUCUCGAGGAGAUCACAUUCGCCUUCGAGGCACAUAGACCUCGGGUGUUCUUCAUAGCCCAGGGUGACUCUUCGACAGGUAUUAUCCAGCAGAAUAUCCGUGAGUUGGGAGAGUUGUGCCGGAAAUACGAUUGUUUCCUGGUCGUGGACACAGUAGCUUCUUUGGGUGGCACUGAAUUCCUUAUGGACGAGUGGAAGGUGGAUGUGGCAUAUACGGGAUCGCAGAAAGCCCUCGGUGGCCCUGCCGGAAUCACACCCAUUUCGUUCAGUAAGCGGGCACUAACUCGCAUCCGGAAGCGCAAGACCAAGCCGAAGGUUUAUUACUUUGAUAUCCUGCUGAUCGGUCAGUACUGGGGCUGUUAUGGCACCCCUAGGAUCUAUCAUCACACCAUAUCCUCCACCUUGCUCUACGGAUUGCGAGAGGCACUGGCCCACUUUUGUGCCUUGGGACUGAAGGCGGUAGUUCGACGUCACCAGGAGUGCUCCAAGCGACUUCAGUUGGGAAUCGAAGAGCUUGGUCUGGAGAUGUUUGUCCAUAGGGAGGAUGAGCGAUUGCCCACGGUGAACACAAUUAAGGUGCCCUUCGGAGUGGACUGGAAAAAAGUUGCUGAAUACGCCAUGCGCAAGUACAGCGUGGAGAUCAGCGGUGGAUUGGGACCCACUGCGGAGCAUGUUUUUCGGAUCGGUUUGAUGGGGGAAAAUGCCACCAUCGAGCGCGUGGAUAUGGUGCUCAGCAUCCUCAACGAGGCCGUACAGAGCAGCAAGUUGGGGAUCAAGACGGAACGUUCCAAAAUAUAAUGACACUUAGCUGUAUACACUAUUUUUUAUGGGUUUUUAAAUAAAAUAUAAAAAUAAACAUUCGAA